UCGCCGCAAAUGGGAUUUUUUCGCCAGCCAGCUGUUCACACCAACACGCAGAAUUUUUUUUAAAAACAACAAAAUUGGCGCAUAAGUAAUGUUUUUAAAUGACCUAGGACAGCCACUUAUAUUAGAGGCUGGAAAGAAAUACGGCCCCUUCGAGCAGCACCGUGGAGCACUGGUCCUGUCGUCUGCCGCAUUUAAAGAUCAUGUUGUUCCAGAGGAAUGGUCCAAACUCGUCCUUGGGUCGGAGGCGGACCUUUGUUUUCUUCAACUGCAGAAUGUUUUUAAAAACGCCCAUUUCACGAACUGCACUUUGAAAACGUUGAGCCCCAAUAAACCAACUCAAAUAGAGCACGGUGGAACCAAGAUCACAAUCACGUUAAUACCAGCGGGCAAAAGCGAAGAUGACUUCAUUAACCUGUACUACAUCGAAAACGGCUACACAAGAACUCUCAUUGUGGACCGGCUGUCCGGCUACUUGGACUUCCUGCCCAAAGCCAAUUUGUACUUUCAUCAGGGCCUUAGCCAGGGAAUCGAUGUUAUGUACGUUGACGAAGGACUUCUGGAUGGAACGCAGUUAAAUGAGAAUCUCUACGCCCUCGCUCACCUGAUAAGACCGAAACACAUCUAUGGACUGAGGCAGAAGGAGUUACCCAAGUGGCUGCUUGAUCUCCGCCGCCAGAAAUGUCCCUUCUAGCCGAUUCAGUAA